GUUCUUAUUUGUUGGCGCUGCAGAACGGUAGCAACAACGGAUUUUGCGCGUCGGUGUUGUAUUAAAAUACAGCUUAUAAAUGUAAAUGUGGUGUGUGCCUAGGCAUAAGCGAGUAAAAACGGUAGAUUUGGGUUAACGCUGCGACGAUUGAUAGCGCGCGUCUCGCCAAAUCGUUUCUUCGGUGGAGCGCUCACAGUCGCUGAUCGCUAACGACGACAUUCUCUCAGCGCGUGCUCACAUCUACACAAGCACUUGCAUGUAUGCGCUUAGUGCGCUCACCGCUCAAGCCACCCACCGCCAGUCGCACGACCGCAAAGCCAAAGAGACCAACCAACAAGAGAUACACAUCAUUCACACAAUUCACAUCCGCCAAUUUAAGCUGGGAGGCAACGAACCAGCAAGCGAGCACAGACAAACGGCGUCGGCAGCACAACGCACCAGCUGAGCCGUACACAGUUUAGCUGUGAACUUAGGUGGACGCUCUGUCAGCCACUUUUGCUUUUAUUUGCAAACAAAAUUAAUAAUUAUAGAAAAAAACAACGUUGCUGCGCGACCACAAAGAAGGGCCGAGUCUUCAGUCUGCCUAAUCGCUCAGUGCACGCUGGUGCUGCAUGCGAAAAGCACAAAGCAAGGAAAGAAAAAAUUAUAAAAUAUAAAAUAAAUAAAUUUGUGCUGCUUUAUUUCUAUUAAAUUAAUUUUUGUUUGACGUUCGGUGCUCGCGAACAGACACGCGAUAAACAUUGGGCGCUUUUGAAGAAACAAGAAGUAGUUAUUCGUGUGUUGAAAGAAUUAAUGUGUUCGAAAUAAUAACAAAAACAAAAUUGCACGUGUAUGUGUGGGCUGUCGCAUAAAUUAAACAAAUUACGAAAGACGCCAAAAAAGCUGGCGCUGCAACUGAAAAUAAAAAUAUAAAUAAAAAAUAAGCCAAGGGCGGCGGAGUGUUGAGUUUACAAACAGUGUGUAUUUUACACAUCGAGAAUAGGGCCAAGCGGAGCGAAUGCUUUCAAAAGUGUGUCUGUUGAAAAUAGAAUGCGAGCGUUUUGUAUUGAAGCAAAUAAGCGGCGAGUAGCAAAGCUGUGAAAAGAAGUGCUGUAAGAUAGUUUCCGAGCGGAGCGGCGGUCACAACAAAGUACGUACAAACAAUAAAGCAACUACAAAAUUUACAUAAAUAAAUUAAGAAAAUAUAACUGAGUGCGCUCAGCAAGGCAAGCGAACACGAGCGUAUCAAAAUAUACACGCGAGUGUGAGCGCAGCAAAAUAUCUAAAUGUUUUUUAGAGUCUGACAAGCUGUGUUCUGCCUUCCUUGCGGCCCCCAGCCGUUCAGUCACUGAUAGUCGAGCGGAGUAUUUAUUGUUUACUGACGUUUGGUUAAAAAAUUAUAUAUUUGUAUAUUGCUGAACGAUUCAUUACAGUGACUAUUGGGAAGGCAUAUAGAACAAGCGCGCGAAACUGCUGCGUGCAGCAACUGGCAGAUUGCUCAAAUAUUCUUAGAAAACUUAAAAUGAGAAAUUUAAAUAAAAUUUUAAUACAUAUUCUUUUAAGCGCGUAAAACGAAGGCAUAUAAAAAAGUAAAUUUUCCGUGCAGUAGUUAACUUACAAAACCUUCUAUAUAAUUUGUUUUGCUUCUCCCUUUGAUGCAAUAAGGGUGGCUAGGUGAAAAAUAGCGACUAAAUACUAGCAGCACGCAAGCCACAACAGAUAUGUGUAACCACAAAAUAAUAAACAACAGUUGCAACAGACCUGCGGGCCCCCUUUGUUUGCUUUAACAACCACACCGAGUAGGCGCCCGGAAAAACCUUGCCAAGCAACACUCUGGCAACCUUAGCACCUAAUGCAUAAAACAAGUGUGAUAAAUAUUUAAUUCAACCAAAUUUUAGCAAUCGUUUAAAGCUGCAUAAAUACAAGACUGUUAUAACAAAAAUAUGCAAAGCGACUUUCCGCAGCGCGUCAUCAAUUCCAAGCGAGGAUUAAAAGCGAGUUAAAUGUGCAUUAGUUGCAAGCCAAAAGUAACAAGCAAAUUGAAUAAAUUAUGAGUGAAUUGUAGACGACAGUCGUUGAGUGCAUAAUGUGAAGUUUCGUGACGUUACCAACGGUCGUUUAAUAACAAAACGUUAGCUAACGAUCUCAAACAAAAAAAAAAAAAAACAAUAAAAAUAAUAAUUAAAUUUGCAGCACAAAACGCUUAAGUUGUGAAAAGAUAGGCAAAUCUCCAUAAAAAACAGAAUACAAUAUUAGACAAAAAGAAAAUAGAAUAAUAUUUAAAAAUUAAAACUAUUGUUUAGUAAGCGGCGUGCUUAAAAAUGGAUGAGGAAAAGUUAAACACACCGUUAGUGUCGAAGGAGACAUCCGACAGCGCAAUUAUCGCGCCACAAGCCGCCGCCGCCGCCAUAGCCACAAGCGUAGCGGAAACAGUUAGUGUGGGCGACAAUAGCAUACCGACUGCUGUCGCGCAGCCAAGACAAGGUGCCGCCACCACUAUGAAUGCAGCCACCGAUGCGCUGAAUGGAACAGCCACAACCAAUGUCAAUUUGAACGCAAAUACUCAGUUGAGCAUAGCAGCGCCAGCGUUGUUGCAGCCGCAGCCGCAGCAACAGCUACAACAACUAACACUACUGCCCUACAGCAACCAUACAAAUUUUGUUGGCAACAAUCUGAAGAAUGGCGCUCUAAGUCACAACUCGCAAAAUAAUCUGUGUAAUGGCGGUAUUCCCAGUCAAAAUCACAUACUCGCACCAAAGAUACAAAAUAGCUGCAGUCCAAAUGGCCAAAAGAAAGGCACCGUCACACUGUCACACCUGCCACAGCGGCCGCCAGUCGACAUCGAGUUUGCUGAUAUUUCAUAUUCAGUCUCAGAAGGACGAAGGCGCGGCUUAAAGACCAUACUGAAAAGUGUUUCAGGCAAGUUUCGUAAUGGCGAACUCACCGCCAUCAUGGGACCGUCCGGUGCGGGGAAGAGUACACUUAUGAACAUUCUGGCCGGCUACAAAACAUCACAGCUGAGCGGUUCGGUGAUGAUCAAUGGCAAAGAGCGUAACCUGCGUCGUUUUCGUAAACUUUCCUGCUACAUAAUGCAAGAUGAUAUACUCAUCGCAAAUCUCUCAGUGCAUGAAGCCAUGAUGAUCUCGGCCAAUCUCAAGUUGGGCAAAGAUAUGAAUUUAGCAGCCAAACGAGUUGUUGUUCACGAGAUACUCGAAACGAUCGGUUUGAAGGAUUCCAGCAAUACGAAGACCUGCAAUCUUUCGGGCGGACAACGUAAGCGUCUCUCGAUCGCACUCGAGUUAGUUAAUAAUCCACCAGUGAUGUUCUUUGACGAACCCACAUCCGGUUUGGAUAGUUCAACGUGUUUCCAGCUAAUUUCUUUGCUCAAGUCGUUGGCACGUGGCGGUCGCACUAUCGUUUGCACCAUUCACCAGCCGUCGGCGCGUCUUUUUGAAAAGUUCGAUCACUUGUACAUGCUCGCCGAGGGCCAGUGCAUGUACGAAGGACGCGUACGCGGUCUGGUGCCAUUCCUCUCGUCGCUCGGCUACAACUGCCCUUCAUAUCACAAUCCAGCCGAUUAUGUGCUGGAGGUAGCCAGCGGCGAGUAUGGCGAAUCUGUGCAAAAGCUGGUGGCGGCGGUCAAAAGCGGCGAGUGCAAGAAAUUCAGUCAUAAGGACUACGGCUUAACGGCUGUGCGCGGCAUUGCUAAUGACAUUGUCAAAGGUGACUGCAACAACUCCAACAGCACAAGUUCGAACAAUCCAACACUAACGGCAACCGCAACCCUAACACUGGAAGAUGAAAAGUGUAAAAUGGAUGAACUGUCCACCACUUUAAUAUCUAAAUCACAUGCGAAUGCACUCAAUAAUCCCAUCUUGGAGACGCAACAAUCACAACUAUCCGACUGCACAGUUAUCAACUUGAACAUUCCAAACAGCAACAAUGACAAUGGCAACUCCAAUAGCGCUCUGCCUUACAGCUGCAGCUUCAGUUCAAAGGGCGGACAAGUUGCGCUCACCGGCGCUGCUGAGAAAGCAGCCGCCGCUGGUUGCACCACCUCGCUUUUGGAUUCACACGAAAGUGUUGUUACGCUGCCCAACAGCUCGGGCUUCCCUACCAGCGGCUGGACGCAGUUCUGGAUUCUGCUAAAGCGCUCGUUUGUGACCAUUAUGCGCGAUCGUAUGCUGACACAUAUGCGUUUAGCCUCGCACGUCAUUGUCGGCGCCAUUAUUGGCAUGAUCUACUACGAUGUGGGCAAUGAAGCUUCGAAGGUGAUGAGCAAUGCGGGUUGUAUUUUUUUCACCACGCUCUUCACCAUGUUUACGGCGAUGAUGCCGACGAUAUUGACAUUUCCUACUGAAAUGUCGGUGUUUGUGCGUGAGCAUUUGAACUAUUGGUACUCGCUGAAGGCAUUCUACUUUGCUAAGACAAUGGCAGAUCUACCCUUUCAGAUCGUCUUCUCUAGCGUCUAUGUGAUUGUCGUCUACUAUUUGACCUCCCAACCCAUGGAGUGGAUGCGCAUCUCGAUGUUCGUCUUUAUUUGCGUGCUCACAUCGUUGGUGGCGCAGUCGCUCGGCUUGCUCAUUGGUGCUGGCAUGAAUAUUGAAGCGGGUGUCUUUCUCGGUCCCGUCACAACAAUACCAACCAUACUAUUCUCUGGCUUCUUCGUUAACUUCGACACCAUACCGGGCUACCUGCAAUGGGUGACCUAUGUUAGCUAUGUGCGCUAUGGUUUUGAAGGCGCCAUGGUGUCGAUAUAUGGCAUGGAUCGCGCCAAAUUGGAGUGCCAUGAAAUGUACUGUCAUUUUCGCAGUCCCAAGAAGUUCUUAGAGGAGAUGUCGAUGGACAAUGCCGAGUACUGGAUAGAUGCGGUGGCACUGCUCGGCACCUUUGUAGCGCUGCGUAUUAUCGCGUACUUCGUGCUGCGUUGGAAGCUGCAUCUCAUACGCUAAGCGAUCGUAGCAUACAUAUGUAUAUGUAGUUGUACUGUGUAAUUAUAUUAAGUAUAUCUAUGUUAUGUAUUUAUAAGUAGACAGUCACAAAGACAGUUCCAUAAGCAUUUCACGCUGAUUUCAGUUUAUUUGGAAUCAUCCGUUAAAUGUGUGUGUGUUUUUUAUACCAUAUAUUGAACUUGAUAUUAUUUAGCGUCUUGAAUUGAUAUAAAUAUAUUUUUCAUUAUCGUAGAAUUUUUACGCAUACGGAUCAUGUAAUUUACAAGUAAUUAAAUAAUUGUAAUAUAUCUAUGUAUAUAUAUUAAGAUGCAUGCUUGCUUACGGUGCAUUAAUUUUCUUUCCACUCCUCUUUUGUUAUUCCAUAAAGUUUUUUUGUAUGGCAAAAAGUUGGAAUAUUUAUAAGAAUAGCGCAUAAAUAGCUUGAAAUAAUAUUUUAGAAAAUAUUAUAUUUUCAAUAAAACACUACAAAUCAAAAAGAA